CCUCUCUUUCCCUUCCUCUCUCUCUCUCUCUCUCGAAUCCGCUUCACACAUCUCGAUCGGGAGAAGAACCCGCGUCGUCUCGUGUCCAAAACGGCCCUCUCGCGUGGUGUAGGCUGAAUAUAUGUGGUUUAUGCAUCUGAAGAAAUUGAAGAUAAUGCAUUUGCUGACUUAAGAAAAUAGAGUUGAGAGAGGCUGUAUUGGCUGUUGAGCAAAAUUACAAGAUAUGGGAAUAUAUCUUAGCACUCCAAAAACUGAGAAGUUUUCUGAAGAUGGUGAGAAUGACAGGCUAAGAUUUGGUCUUUCAUCCAUGCAAGGAUGGCGUGCAACUAUGGAGGAUGCACAUGCUGCAUUACCAGAUCUUGACGAUUGCACAUCAUUUUUUGGGGUUUACGAUGGCCAUGGUGGAAAAGUUGUCGCUAAGUUCUGUGCAAAAUUCCUUCACACUCAAGUUCUUAAGAAUGAAGCCUAUGCAGCAGGGGAUAUAGGUACUUCUGCUCAGAAAGCUUUCUUAAGAAUGGAUGAAAUGAUGAGAGGGCAGAGAGGGUGGAGAGAACUUGCUGUACUGGGAGACAAAAUAAACAAGCUCACUGGAAUGAUAGAAGGCUUCAUUUGGUCUUCAAAGGGUGGUGAUUUAAAUGAUCAACAAGAUGACUGGGCUUUUGAGGAGGGACCCCACUCUGAUUUCUCUGGACCAACAUCUGGAAGCACAGCUUGCGUGGCAAUCAUAAGAGAUAACCAACUUGUUGUAGCAAAUGCUGGUGAUUCACGUUGUGUUAUCUCUAGGAAGGGUCAGGCUUACAAUUUGUCAAGGGAUCAUAAGCCAGAACUUGAGGCUGAGAGAGAAAGGAUACUAAAAGCAGGGGGAUUUAUCCAUGCAGGACGAGUCAAUGGAAGUUUGAACCUCGCAAGAGCAAUUGGAGAUAUGGAAUUUAAGCAGAACAAGUAUUUGCCUGCUGAAAGGCAAAUUGUGACUGCCCACCCUGACAUAAACAUUGUGGAGCUUUGUGAUGAUGACGACUUUAUUGUUCUGGCAUGCGAUGGCAUUUGGGAUUGCAUGUCAAGCCAGCAACUUGUGGAUUUCAUCCAUGAACACAUUAACACGGAGAGCCAUCUCUCUGCGGUGUGUGAGAAGGUACUUGACAGGUGCUUGGCGCCAUCAACGGCUGGUGGAGAGGGAUGCGAUAAUAUGACCAUGAUUUUGGUGCAGUUUAAAAAGCCAAUCAACUCCAAUGGUGCCAGCUCCGAGCAAUCAACACAGACCGAGCCAGAGACUGAGGUCAACUAAAUCAUCUGCCGGUCCAAAUUGAAAAUUUCUUGCAGUGCUGAAUUUAUCAGUCACAGAAUCAGCUUCUAGUUUCAUAUCAAGAGGACUUUGUAUGUGAUUGGGCCUCAGUAGAAAUAGAAUGCCAGUCAUGAUAUAGUAAAAUGGUUUAGAAGGGGCGCUCCUCGUGCCGAAUAGAAGUGCUUGAGCAAGGGGUGAUUCUAAUAAAAAUGUACAUAUAUCUAAUCAUUGACUUGCAUCUUGGAUGCCGUGUGUAAGGAUUGUUUUUGUUGUCUUUCAGAAGAGAUUGGCCGAAACCGUCAUCCAAUCCAGGAUUACUGAAAUUUAUUACGGUAUGAAUUUAAAUGCACUGUCACUCAGCAUGUGUCCUAUGCUGCUGAUAGCUUA